AUGGCAGCCAGGAAGAGGUUUGGAGACGGAACGAAGAAGCCAAAGUCGCGUCAGAUCAAACAGGAGCAGACCAGGGACCAAUGCGAGAGGCAGCUCCCAACUCGAAUUCUGGAGACGUGGGUGUCCCCAGCGACCGUCCUCGCCGUCUGGUUGGUUGCGAUGCAGCGGCAGAUCUGCCGUCUGCAGAGGGUGCAGUGCAGAGGAGGGGCGGACUCGCAGCAAAUAGGGGCAGGAAGAGGGCAGAGAUGA